AUGGCACCCCGGCAGCAGGGGCAGACAGCUGGACGUACACUGGCCCAGACCCCAAGCAGUACUCCCCACAGAACCCGAACCCCCAAAACCCCACCGGGGCCCCUGCCCAAGGGCAACGCACCCCAGGGUUCCCAGACCCCAGGACCCACCCCAAACCCACCCAGCAGUAGGGCCGGGCAAUGCCCAAAAACCCCCGGCACCAGCACCCCCACCCCGACACCGGCCCCCGAACGACUCCGCCCCCGACACCGGUCCCACAACACCAAUCCGAAGAAGAAGAAAGCCACACAACACAGCAAAGCACAAAUCCCGAGCUCCACUCCAAGCUCCGAUUCCCCUGCUCACACCCCCCUUCCACAUACACAAAAAAUAAAAAAUUUCUCCCUCACUGAAGAAGAACGGCCACAAACAAGCCAGUGUCCAACACCCACCGCCACACCGCGAGGACCCCUCCACCCAGACGCUCCUGCCCAGAAAAAUCAACAUGCCUGCCCUCCCAGGAGACAAAUAAGCCUGCCGAACAGGAACCCCUCCGACAGCGCACCGCUGGCACGCGGGGGCCCGAGCGGCCCCAACAGAAACAACACCGGAAGCAAAUACAGCCGCAAGGCAAAACAAAGGAUAGAGCAGCCCCGCCCGGCGCACGCCAGAGAGCCAGAGCAGCAAGGCCACCCCAGCCGCCAGAAGCCGGCACAAGCAGCAAAAAGAAAGCAGCAGACGCGACCCGGCGCGAAAGCAGCACGACCCACCGCGCUCCGGCCCUGCAUCGCCCACUGGCCGCCGAGAGGAGGACGGCCGCGAACCCCGGCCACAGAGCAGAAGCACCGCGGCCAGGACCAUAAAAGAACCGAUGCCCGGCGCCCGGCCCUACCCAGCAGCAGCACAGCUACCAGGCCAGUAGCCCACGACCGCCACCACGGAACCCCCCAAGAGCACCGCACGCGGCCGCUGCAGGAACCCCCCGAGGCGCCCCAGACUCCGCCCCGAUGGGGGCAACACUCCCCCGGGCCACACCCGCCAGGCACCCUGCUCCGAGCACCCCCCGAACCCCCGAACUAG